AUGCCGCGCAUGCCUGUAGAAGCUGCUGACGAUCCAUUCUGGGACCAGUUCUUUUCCGAAACGCUAGUGGGUGUUCAGGAUUUCUUCACUCUAAUUCCAGCAGCAGAGAUUAGAGCUUUGAGAGAGGAGUCGCCGUCGAAUCUUGCUACGCUGUGCUACAAAGCUGUUGAAAAGUUGCUCCGUGCAUCAGAGUCGUCGUGCGGCACGCAGCUCGAACAGCAAAUCGCGUUGAACUGCGUUAGGUUGCUGACUCGUAUCCUUCCAUACAUAUUCGAGGACCCGGAAUGGAGAGGCUUCUUCUGGUCGACGUUGCCAGGACAACAGGAAGACGAAGAAGGAGAGGCAGUACCUUUGGCUCAAUCUCUGCUCAAUGCAGUCUCUGACUUGUCAUUCUGCCCGGAUUUUACCGUCGCUUCCAGCAAGAAAAGCGGUCCAGACGUUCCUGAAGAUUUGCAGUCUAUAGACUCGUGCGAAUACAUCUGGGAGGCCGGCGUGGGUUUUGCUCAUUCGCCUCCAAAGCAUGCGCAGAAUCUGUCCAAUCGCAGUGAUCUUCUAAAACUACUGCUCACUUGUUUUUCGGAAACAAUGUACCUGCACACAGGCUCCGAGUACAGCCAGCGCAAUCGCUGGAUCGGCUACUUCACGUCUGCGGAGAACCGGCACGCGCUGCCACUCUUCACGUCACUGCUGAACACUGUGUGCGCGUACGACCCCGUCGGCUACGGCAUCCCCUAUAACCACCUGAUGUUCACCGACUACGCUGAGCCACUCGUCGAGACCGCCCUGCAAGUGCUCGUUGUCACGCUCGACCACGACUACAGCCAGAAGGAGGAGGAGUUCUCCAACGAGAAUAAUGAGAAUCUCUUCAUGUCAAUUAGCCUGUCUCGCAUCCAUGCCGCGGAGGAAGACUUCGCACGUGUGCCGAUGAGCAUUCCUAUGUUUACGGGAACCCUAUGGCUGAACCUACUCAUCAUUGUGUUCCACAAGAUCAUUACGACAGGCCAUCAGCGUCUUCAGCCACUGUUUGACUGCCUUCUCACAAUCAUCGUCAAUAUCUCACCUUACCUGAAGACGCUGUCGAUGGUGGCCAGCACAAAGCUGCUGCACCUGCUGGAGGCAUUCUCCACGCCUUGGUUCCUUUUCUCUAGUCCCACGAACCACCACCUCGUCUUCUUCCUGCUGGAAGUCUUCAACAACAUCAUACAGUAUCAGUUUGACGGUAACUCCAGCCUCGUCUACACGAUCAUCCGCAAGCGCAACGUGUUCCACCAGCUCGUCAACCUGCCAACGGACGGCCCGACGAUCGCCAAGACGAUCGCGAAGAAGGGGAAGAAGCUGCUGACGCAGGGCACCGUCGACAAGGUGCAGGAGGAGCCUGAGACGAUGGAGGGGGCGAUGCCGGCGAAGGAAGCUGAGCCCGGGACGCUGAAGGUCUCCCUGGCCGCGACGCCAGCGAUCAGCAAAAUGACGGAGCAGUCGCAUCCGACAACGACAACCGCGAACCAGCCGACCUUGAAGGAAGUCGCAGAGAAUGCUAUGUCCAUCCAGGAGGGCAUUGCCAUGCAACCACCCACAGAAGAUGCGGACGAGUCUCAUGAUGCGGCGGUUGCCGAGGGAACGGAAAGCGCGCCGGAAGACGAGGGAAAACACGACAGUGGUACCAGUAGGCAACUGGAGAAGUCGAAAAGCUUGCCAACUCCGCCAGCAAGUCCUACUUACUCCGUUCAGUCGACCAAGUCUGAAGCGAUAAUGAUGAAGAGGUCAGACACCUGCAUUAACCCAGCUGCAUGGGUGCCAACAUGCGACUGGGUGUUGUCAUGGAAACAGAAACUACCGCUACAGACAAUCAUGAGGAUGUUGCAGGUUCUGGUACCACAAGUGGAAAAGAUCUGCAUUGACAAGGGACUUACAGAUGAGAGUGAGAUUCUAAAGUUUCUGCAGCAUGGAACGUUGGUAGGCCUUCUGCCUGUGCCUCAUCCGAUCCUCAUCCGAAAGUACCAGGCCAACCAAGGCACAAGCAUGUGGUUCCGCACCUACAUGUGGGGAGUCAUCUAUCUAAGGUAUUCAACUUUUAUUUUGCAGGGAUGAGAAUCUUCCUCGGAUCCAAA